AGUGUCAGUUGACCGCCGCCGUCCGAGCGUCUCUCUCUCGACUUUUCCCGUCAUCUGCAGUUCCGGUGGAAACUUUUAGUCUUUUAAUUUUCUUUCAGCAUGUCUUUCAGUCGGAAAAACUGGUCGGCUUUGUCCAGCCUAGCACGUCAGUGGACGAUGGAAGAUGAAGAGGAGAUAGAGAGGGAGAAGAGGCGGAGGGAGAAGAGCGGCAGCACUGAAGGAGAUGCUGACUCCAGCUCCACACCAAGAUCUCCAUCCAGUGGCGACGACAACUCUGGGACAAACUCCUCCAGUGAGACGUCCCAAGGGCUCAACAGUGUGGAGCAGGACUUUGUAGAAAUGCUGCGAGUGCGUGAUGAAAAACGGAGGAUGAGACUCGUGGAGACACUGAGGCAGCAGAAAGAGGAUGAGGAAAAUGAUGGAGAGCCAAAAAGUGGCCCUGGCGAGGGAGAUGCCAGGGUGGUGCUCCUAGGGGAGUUAGAUGAGGAGAAGGACACAGUGUCCAAACCGAAACCACCCCCAAAAACGUCCUCUUACUGUCCCACCACCAGCAGCAUCAACAACAGCAAAACAAGAACUAACAAGCAUGAAGAUGCAGAGUCAUCACGCAGAGACCCUGACCCCCAGCCUGCAUCGGCUCCAGCUCGCAAGUUUGUCAGUUCUUUGUCCGUCUCCCUCGACCAUCCGCCGUCUCCAUCUGCCAGCGGCCCCACCAGCCCCUGCUCUCCGGCCUUUCCCUUGUCACCCCGAGAUCGCAGGCCCUCGUCUUCCCAGAGCGCCUCUCCCCGGGAACCUAAAAGCCCUGUUCAGAACGGACACGCGCGCGAGACCAGUUUGAAUGGCCCUUCCACCAAUGGUAAAGUUGAACAGACAUCAAAACCUGCCUUCAUCAGACAGAGUUCCAGGACUCUAUCGUUUAGGAUGAUGAAAAAGAAAGAAGACGAAGGCGCUCCGCUGCAGCGGAGCUCAAGCGUGAGGAUCGCCUCCAAGAAGUUUGAAUCCCCUACAGACAAAAGUGAAGAUGAGGACAAAUCUUUCCAAAGAAACUCUAAACAGAGGAUUUCAUCCCGAUCCAUCAAGGAGAAGAUGGAGAAACUGGCUCAGGCAGCUCAGAAAUCCGAGCAGACUCGCUCUCCAGAUGUGACCCAGAGGACCCUUUUCCUGCUGGAAGAGGUUUCCAGGAAGAGAGGCCUCUUUGAGAAAGAGCCGCCGGCACAAAGCCUCACUAGUCCCGGCGUUUCCAGACAAGAAUACAGGAGCUUCCAAUCAGGAAUGUCAGAUCGGAUCAACCGCUGGCUCAAUAAGACCUACCAGCCUGGGACGUCACCCAUUCCUUCUGACUUGAGGCAUGUGGACAUCACUAGUAAGAGAAGCCUGUUUGAGAACAGUGAGGAGGAAAGUGUCGCAAGAGUCGACCCUGGAAGUAACAAGUGAAGAACACCCAUUUACAACGUCCAACAGGAAAAGGCGGGGAUACGGAUAAUUAAAGGAUGCCACGACUGACCAGUUUGCUUCUUCGAGUUGAUCCUGCACCGUCAAAAGCACUAAAGAGGAACGGAGAUGAAAGUGUGUUGAGUGCAGCUUUAGAGGAGGACGCUGCUUUUACAUUUAGGAGGCUUUUAUCAUAAAUUUUUGCUUUGCUUUUACAUUUCUGGAUUGUUUUACACUGUUUAAACGCAUGAAUUAAGACAUACUGUAAGAUGACAGCAACAUGGGAGGACAAGAAAAGCUGCAGAAAAGAAAGAGUGAUGUCUGGAAACUCAAUCGUUUGUUUUAAUUAUAAUGAUAAUUUUGUUCAAGCACUUUAAACAGCAGAAAGCCUUCAGGAUAAUUAUGCUCUUUUUACCGAAUGUCAUAGUUGUGUGUUUUAUUCUAUUCUGCCAAAAUAUUCUGUUUUCUCUUUCAUCUGGAGUUGUGGAUAAGAUUCUGCCUGUGUGAGGAAUAAAAUGUUUUCCUACUAAAAA